UAACACGAUCGGUUUUAAAAUAAGGAAUUAGCCUAUAUGGAAAACAAAAACAUAGCAAACACUUUUGCUAAUGACAUCGUGGCCUGUCAAGUAGACUAGAUUUCUUACAAAUUCGUUAAUUAAUGAAUUAUUAAUUGAAUAAAACAUGAGCACGACAAGACUACAAUGAAGAAAUAAGUGAAAUGAAUGGGUUAUAAGCUGUCAAAAGGACUGAGGUUGUGAAAGCUCGCGCUAUGGCAACGAUAGGCUAGUCACUGCUUUGCUCUCUUCUUUCUGUGGAGUAGCUAGCUGUCACCAUGGAGACGUGUUUGACGCUACAUCGAGAUAGUAAUUCAGAAAACUGCUAAUUCUUCAGGUUUAGGAAGUUGCUUAGAUUUUAACAUCUAAUAUAAAGUAAUCACAGUGUCGUGUGUAAUUAUAAACUGGUAGAAAUGCGUUUACAUGACUGAUACUUGAAGAAGAAUGUAUUAGUUAAUAAUUAAUAAUAUCAAACGCUUCAGAGAGCUGAUUUCUCUCGCUAAACUGGCAAGUCUUUUUUAAUUUCGGGCUUAUCUUUAUUAUUUGUGCGAUUUUAACGUUUAAGUAUUUAUAUUUCGUGUAUUUUAACUACAGAAUAACUAAUGCAGAGUCCGCUGGUCUGAUUUUGGCUAUGAAAACUGAAAAUAUUUAUCAUGAAAGCUCUCUUCCACCUAUUUUGGACUCUUACCAGUCAGCACUGUCUCCAGACAAGGCAGCCGGUUUAUUUGAAUAUCAGAGGCAGAGGAGACGGCAAAGCUCCAGCAGAAGUGGGCCAGUCACCAAGACUUCUGCUAAUGUUGUGGAUGCUGAUCCAGGACUUGAGAGAAAACGAAAAGCUCUUCUAGAUCAGCGCCAUCUAGAGACAUACUACAAAAUACACCACUUGAAGGACAUGCUUGGAUAUCAAUACGCUGCUUUACUGAAGGAAAAAGUUGAAAGACAAAGGCAAGAGAUGAAGUCUCCUGUUCCAGAUCAUUCCAGACUUACAGAAGGACUUAAAAAGCAGAAGUCCGUCAGCCUUCAUAAGCUUACCAGAUCUUCCCCUAUUCACGAUGACACAUACUUGAGGCGUCUACCUAAAACACAGCACUACCUGGUUCUGGAGCUGCAGAAACAGCUGGUCCGACUGGGCUAUCUUCAGAGUCUCAGGGAGCAGGAGGUGUUUGGUGUUUGGGUAGAACAGCAUAGAAACACACGUCAAUUACAGAAGCAACUUAAGGCUGUAGCAGAACACAGCAGCCCAGAUGUGACACUUGAGGACCUGCUCAAACUGAAGUCUGGAUCUCUACCAAAACUCCAGAUCAGAUGUAAUGACUCCACAGCACAACACAAACCUAUGCCAGUAUCACUAAAAGGGGGAAAAGGGGGUGGAGUGAACACUUUCCAGGGCAAACAGACCUCGGGACAAGACGAAAUUGAGCUCAUGUUUCCUGAGAUCUUUACUCGGGAGCUCAAAGUUCCUGAAUUUUCCGCUCUGCAGUCUACCUUUCUAGAAGAAGCCAACCCCAUGAUCCAUCUAAAGAUAGGCAAUGAGCUACCAAUCAAGUCAAAGACCAUUGACGUUAUGCAGAAAAUAAGAUUAAUGCACAGCCUCUCACUCUCUUACAUGGCUGACACCCAGAGAAUUAUGGCAAAAACUGGACUCGGCUCACAUGUCACAGAUGGAUUCAGCAUCAGAGAAUUGAUGGAGAAUGAGUAUUCUCACAAAGUCAUAACCCAGAAAUCCAGAUGUCCUGCAAAGCCCAUAGAAAGUGGAAAUGCACAUUUCACACCAAGUUUUCAGCCAGCAGAGAAAAGCGCCGAGGAAUCACCAUCUGCAGAACAUUCUCCAUCAUCAUAUAUAGACCCUACACUGCCACUCUGUUUAGCUGACAUCUGUGCUGCUCAUUCAUUUGAGCUCGUUGGUUUGGUGCCGUUUCCUCCUCGCUUGACACCUCUGGAGAAACAUUCCCACGGGCUUUGA